UUAUGGCAUUUGCAAUGAUUCUCUGUUUCUACUUGUUCUUUCUUUCUCCUUCCCUUUCUUCUUCUCUCAACCCUCCUUUUUGUAAUUCUCAUGACUCCUCCGCCCUUCUCCAAUUCAAACACUCUAACUCUCUCAAUCGUUCUGCUUCAAUAUGGUGUGAUGAGUAUUUUGAUUAUCACUCCUAUACCGUUCAGUUUAAGAACUCAUCUUACCCAAAGACAGCUUCAUGGGGAAGUGAUUCCAAUUGCUGCUUGUGGGAUGGGAUCACGUAUGACUCCAUGUCGGGCCACGUGAUUGGCCUUGAUCUUAGUUGUUGCUGGCUUCAAGGUCACCUCCAUCCUAAUAGCAGCCUCUUCCAACUUUCUCAUCUCCAAUCACUCAACUUGGCUUGGAAUGAUUUUAGUGGGUCCUUGAUAUCAUCUCAAUUUGGCCAGCUUUCCACUCUCAAAUAUCUCAAUUUAACCUCCUCUGCUUUUACUGGUGAAACUCCUUCCAAAAUUGCAUAUUUUUCUAAAUUGGUCUCUCUUGAUUUGUCAAUGAAUGAUUUAAGACUUGAACCAUCCACAUGGGAGAAGCUCAUUCUAAACAUGACUGAUCUACGAGAACUUGUUUUAGAUUAUGUAAAUAUGUCUUCUAUUUCACCAAGCUCCUUGUCUUUACUCAUGAAUUUGUCAUCAUCUUUGGUCUCCCUUAGACUUCAAGAUACUCAGUUGCAGGGGAAUCUCAUAAGUUAUGUUCUCUGCCUAAAAAAUCUUCAGCAACUAGACUUGUCAUUGAAUCAAGAUCUCAAUGGUCAACUUCCAAAGUCCAAUUGGAGCUCUCCUCUUUCACUUUUGGAUCUUGGUGACACAUCUUUCUCAGGAACAAUGUCUAACUCCAUUGGCCAGUUGAAAUAUCUUAAUCAUUUGAAUCUAAGUGGGUGUCAAUUUGAAGGGCGGGUUCCUUUGGGGUUCAGGAAUCUCACCCAACUAACUUAUUUGGACAUUUCUUCCAACAAGUUUAGUGGUGACAUCUCAUUCCUUUCAAACCUACAACAUCUCACUUUCUUAAGCCUUAGAGGCAAUAAUUUUGUUGGUGAAAUCCCGUCUGAAAUCUCACAGAUGUCUAAAUUAGAGUCACUUGACUUGUCUUGGAAUUUUGGUACGAAGGAGAGUUCAUCACUUAGACUUGAACCAUCUACUUGGGAAAAGCUGAUUCUAAACAAAACCAAUUUAAGGGUACUAAGGUUAAGUCAUGUGAACAUGUCCUCUGUUACACCAAAGUCUCUUUCUCAGCUCAUGAAUUUGUCAUCAUCUUUGAUUGAUCUUUCUCUUAGUAAAACUUCUUUGCAAGGUAAUAUCACGAAUAGCAUUUUGUAUUUUGAAAAUCUUAAGUAUCUAGAUAUGAGCGGGAAUACAAAUGUUAAGGUUCAACUUCCAAAACUCAAUUGGAGCUCUCCUCUAAUUUACUUGCAACUCAGUGGCAUACCUUUCUCAGGAGAACUAACAGAUUCCUUAGGCCAUUUGAAGUUUCUUGAAGUUUUAGAGCUGAGAAAUUGCCAAUUUGAACGUCCUAUUCCUCCAAGUUUCAAGAAUCUAACACAACUCAUUAGUUUAGACCUUUCCUCAAACAAAUUGAGCGAUGGGGUCGCCUUUCUUUCAACACUUGCAAAUCUCACUUCCUUAUAUCUUUCCAAUAAUAGUUUUAGUGGUCAACUCCCAUCAUCACUUGGAUACCUUGAAUAUCUCCAUGUUUUAGAUCUUUCAAUGAAUAAUUUUAGUGGUGGAAUACCGGAUGUGUUUGGAAAGCUCAGUAAAUUAUUAGUUUUGGACCUUUCCUCAAACAAAUUGAGUGACGGGAUCGCAUUUCUUUCAAAACUUGUAAAUCUCACUUCCUUAUAUCUUUCCAAUAAUAGUUUUAGUGGUCAAUUCCCAUCACCACUUGGAAACCUUGAAUGUCUCUACUCCUUAGAUCUUUCAAUGAAUAAUUUUAGUGGCGGAAUACCAGAUGUGCUUGGAAAGCUUAGUGAAUUGCAAUAUUUGGAACUAAAUAACAAUAAUUUUAGUGGUCAGGUGCCUUCAUCCCUUUCAAAUACAAGUGUCACAUUUCUUGAUCUUAGCUUCAACAAAUUAGAAGGAAACCUCCCAAUUCCAUUCUUUGGAGCUGAAUUUUUUGCAGUCUCAAACAAUAAAUUUAAGGGAGAUAUUUCCUUUCUAUUUUGCAAUGCAAGCUCACUUAAGAUACUCAACUUGUCUCACAACAACUUGUCAGGCCCUAUUCCACAAUGCCUUAUUGCCCUCUCAAAUCUCUCUGUUCUAGAUCUACAGAUGAAUAAUUUUUCUGGAACUUUACCGAACAAUUUUUCAAGGAGUAAUGUCUUACAAACUCUGCAUUUCAACAACAACCAACUCAAGGGAUCGUUGCCUAUGUCUUUAGGUCAUUGUACUCAGUUAGAAAUUUUUGAUGUUGGACAAAAUCAGAUUGAGGAUACAUUUCCUUGUUGGCUUGAUGCUUUACCGGAGUUGCAAGUGCUUGUUUUAAGAGAGAAUAAGUUUUACGGGGCCAUUCUUAGUUCCAAUACCAAGCAUCCAUUUCCUAAGUUAAGGAUUUUUGACAUUUCCAACAACCACUUUAGUGGAUCUUUGCCAACAACAUACAUCAAGGAGCUUAAAGGAAUGAUGAAAAUAGAUAUUAUUGAAGUUGGUGCGCAAUAUAUGGGAAAUAAAAAUUAUUCUGCAUAUAAGGAUUCAGUGAUGAUCACAUGGAAAGGUUACACCAUGGAGUUGGAAAGGAUUUUGACAAUAUUUACCACCAUUGACUUGUCAAAUAAUAGAUUUAUAGGGGAGAUUCCAAAUGCCAUUGGAGAGCUACAUGCACUAAUAGGGCUAAACCUCUCCCACAAUAAAAUCACUAGUUCUAUUCCAAAAUCAAUGGGGAAUUUGACAAGUCUAGAAUGGUUAGAUCUAUCAUGUAACAAGAUUGUGGGUGAGAUUCCUCAAGAAUUGACAAAUCUCAACUUUCUUGCUGUUUUGAACCUUUCACAAAAUCAGCUUGAGGGGAACAUACCAAGAGGUAAACAAUUUGAUACAUUCCAAAGUGAUUCAUAUGAGGGAAAUGUAGGAUUGUGUGGUGUUCCAUUGUCAAAAACUUGCAAUAUUAAGGAUGGAUCUUCAUCAACUUUUGAAUCUAAUGAGAAGUUUGGAUUUGAUUGGAAACCAGUAGCCUUGGGAUAUGGAUGUGGAAUGAUAUUUGGAAUCCUUAUGGGAUAUGUUGUGUUCUCAAUUGGGAAACCUCGUUGGCUUGUUAAAUUUUUUGGAGGUCAACCUAUGAAACAAGCAAAAAGGACAAGGAGGGCUCAUGCAAAUUGAAGAAGAAUGAGGCAGCUAGAGAUUGGGGAUUUGGAUGUUCUUGUGGUUUCGUUGUCUUUUUUUUUUUUUUUGGUUCUUUGUUUGGCUUGUUGUAUCAUGUCAAUUAAGUAUUGUACUGACAAUAAGAUCAGUGUAUUAUGUUUUCUUUUAAAUGUAUAGCCUGAACUUUUUUUAUGUAAUUUAAGUGAUUUGUUAUCACUAUCAU